UAAAGCCCGCGCUGAAGGAGUGGCUUCAAGUCUUACGGGAUAAGGAAGGCUGCCAUGCGCUAUCUUGCUUCAAUGGCUCCUCCGCUCACCGCUCGACAUGGCUAGCUCUGUCGCCCUCUUUUCCGCUCGCUGCUUCCGCUUCUACUCCACUUCCUCCUGCAUCCCCGGACGUAGGAUCCGUGCUAUGUCUUCCAUCACCAUCAUUCCGGCGAUCAUAGUUGGCGGCGGGAGGAUUGGUAGGGCUCUCCAGGGCAUGGGAGAUGGCCGCGAUGUCCUCAUCGGUCGAGGACAGCAGGUUCCUUCCGACUUCGAUGGUCCCAUCUUCGUUUGCACCCGGAACGACGACCUCGACGCCGUGCUCGAGGGUACUCUUUCUUCUCGAUGGAGCGAUAUGGUGUUUUUCCAGAAUGGAAUGCUUGAUCCUUGGUUCGAGAGUAGAGGCCUUGGGGAUGCGAAUCAAGUUUUGGCUUAUUUUGCGGUGUCCAAGCUUGGGGAGUCUCCCACGGAUGGCAAGACUGAUACGAAUCCUGAAGGGUUGACCGCUGCUUUCGGGAAAUGGGCUUCUGCGGUGGCAGCACGGUUGCAUGGUGGCGGUCUCUCUUGCAAG